UUGGAAGGCACUUUGGAAGUUGCGGUACAUAAUAAAACUUCAAAAUGCCAGGUCUGGAGUCGUUAAUGCUAGGUGAAAAAACAGCUGUUGUUUUUGAUAUAGGUUCUGUUUACACAAAGUGCGGUUUCGCAGGAGAAACCGGACCAAGGUUCAUCAUACCGACGGAGAUUACUGUGCCUACGGGUGCACGAAAAAGUUUCACUUCUGUUAGAGAAAAAGAUAAAAGGCAGGAGUUCUUGAUAACUUUCCUGCACAAUAUCUAUUAUCGGCAUUUAUUGGUGAAUCCAAAAGACCGAAGGGUUGUUAUUGUUGAAAGUGUCCUUUGCCCUUCAUCUUUUCGGGAAGUAUUGGCAGAAGUUUUGUUUAACCAUUUUGAGGCUCCAUCUGUUCUUUUUGCAUCGUCACAUUUGAUGGCUUUGUUCACUCUUGGUAUUUCUGCUGCAGUUGUAUUGGAUUGUGGUUAUACUGAUGCUCAAAUCAUACCGGUUUAUGAAGGUUAUACAUUAUUAAAUGCUUGGCAGGCAGCGCAACUUGGUAGCAAACGGAUUCAUGAGAACAUCAGAUCAUACUUAAAUGAAAAGGCUAGAUUGGUUGAUGUGAUAAAUGAGGAGUCUCAUUUUUCCCCGUGUCCAGAUCAUUUUGUGUCGGAGCACACUAUUGAAGACAUAAAAGUCCGUACAUGUUUCGUUAGUCCGCAAAGUAGAGCAGUACAAUGGAAAAAAUGGCAGGAUUCUGCUGAUUCAUCGAUCAAAAAGCCUGAUUCUUAUGAGGAAACAUUUAUUUUCCCUCUAGAUAGUCUAGGCGAUGAAAGACCCAUCCAAGUACCUUCAGAUAUUCGGGAGUUGGCAGUCGAAUGUUUGUUCUCCGGAGACAAUGAUCAAAUUACGAUCACUACACUAAUCUUGAAAUCACUUCUGCUAGUACCAAUUGAUAUUAGAAGGAAGUUAGCAGAAAACAUAGUACUUAUCGGUGGCACAACCAUGCUUCCUGGUUUCAUACCUCGCCUUAUGGAAGAGCUCAAUUCACACUUGGAACUUCCUGAGUUCUCAAAACUGCAUGCAUUGAAGGGGUCUUUUAAAUUCCACAAUCCUCCUGGCGAAGCGAAUUACGUAGGAUGGCUUGGUGGUGCAAUUUUUGGUGCAUUAGAAUGCUUACCGGGUCGUUCAUUGAGUCGCACAAGUUACUUAGAAAAUGGUCUAGUUCCAGAUUGGUGUACUCAAAUUGAUCAAAGCAUACAGAUCUGGAAAGACAGGAUGCUACUCGUCAGUAAUAGCCAUAAUUUCUGUAUGAUGCAUCUCUGGUUUUUACUUACUGUCAUUUUGAUCUGUUAUUUCUUACGAUAACCGGUUUCAUUCGUGGAAAAUAAACAUGCACUUCCACUGAAACCCCGUGUUUCAUCGGAGCUAUCGCAAUCAAGCAACGCAAACACGAACUUUGCAUUUCAAAAGAUAUAAUGACUGAUAUUUCCUAGUCUUUGUAAAUUUGAUUUCUUAAAUUAAUCUACAAUUCCGAUUACAUAAAUUUAUCAUUUUUAUCUCUUUUUUUUCUCACUUUUACCUCUAAACCUAUUUCAUAGCCCACUCUUAUUAUCUGAAUUCUGCUUACCCUACUUCUUUCUAGGCUAGUAUAUAUCUGUCACUUAUUAUCACAAGUCCGGUCACUAGCAUAGUCAUUCAAUCAUUCUGCAGAUAAUUAACCUUAUAAACUAUCCCAGAAGCUUUACCUAAUCCAAAUAGUUUUAACGUCUUCACAUUUAUACAAUCUAUCAUUUGAAUCAGUACACAUUUGUCAGUAUGUGUUGUGGAUGUAAGCAGUUGAUAAGAAUCGUUGUAAUAAAUAAACUCAUAUUAUCCUGC